GCUUCGCAAUUCUCUUCAUACCACAAUCUUCGUCACAAUGGAGUUGAGCACAUCAAAUGCCACCUUGUGGUACUUUCCGCCGGAUGAUCAACACGCCAGUCCGCGCUAUGCCGUUCUGACCGCGGAGUACGCAGAGAGCGACAUCCGCGACUUGACCCCCCGGGACGUGAUUCUCAUCAGACCCGCUGGAAUGAAUGGAGAGAGCCAGGAUGAUGAAAAGACGGAGAAAAUCUUUGAUGGUGAUGAAAACCUGGGCAACCUCUGCGUGGUAUUAAACGACCGGGUGAUUGGACGGAUGGCGGAGACUUCGAUGCCUCAAUUAUCGCGCUUUGUUUCUGCCUGGAUGGAGGGAAUUUCCCUUGUAGAGCAGGAGCUGUCAAACACCAGUGCCGUGCAUUUGGAAGACUAUUUGGUGGCCCAUUACGAUGAGUUCAUCCAACACAGAGACCUCAGGUUUCGUUUGGUCACCUGGAAUUUACAUGGCGCCGCGUUGUACAACGCCAGCACCCAGGUCUUGUGCCAGAUGUUCCAGCCAGAAGCACUCGAUGUGUAUGUGGUUUCAUUCCAGGAGACAGUGCCGCUAACCCCCCAGCCCCCUCAGCUUUUUGGCGAAACGCCCCAGCAGCUCUGGAGACAGAGGUUGCUCCAAGUGUUGAACGAGAGGCCUCAGUCGGAGGAGACAUACACCCUAGUGGCUGAAAACAAGCUCAUUGGCUUAACUACCCUUGUGUUUGCCAGAUCUUCGAUCGCAAAACAGAUCGGAAACGUUGAACUCCAGGUGGUGGAGACUGGUUUUUUGGGCUUCUGGGGCAACAAGGGUGCAGUGGUGAUCAGUUUUCUGCUUGGGGUGGACCCCAUUAUUGUGGCAUCCACACGUGCCACGAAUAGACGCUUCCAAAGGGCCAAGGCCCACACGUUUGUGCUUUUAAACUGCCAUCUCGCGUCGGGUUACGAUUCGUCGAUGUUACUUAAGCGUAGGAAGGAGCUUGCCGAGAUUCAGCGCCGUGCCAAAGCGUUGACCCGAUCGGGAAUCCAGUUGGUGAAUGAUAGUUCUGAGUUAGAUGUCAGAAUGAGUAGCGCCCUCACGGAAGAGUUGGAGUUUGACGUCGAGUCGGAUGAAGAAGGAAAGGUUUUAGGGGAUGAUCAUAGAGAUGAAGGGUUUGGUGGCAGAACCUCGGGAAGUGAAGAAACUAGGGCAGGUAAUAUCUCGAAACGAGCGCCCGGUGGUGCCGAGAAAGAAUCAGAAGGGUCGGAAAGGGUAUCUCUAAGCCCCUCUGAAACCCCAUUGGAUAAGGAAACUAUCCUUGAGAACUCCGAUACCACCUCUAGCAAGGAAUUUAUCAGCCAUUCCCCUAACUUCGUCCCACUAGUCUUCUUCAACGGUGACCUCAACUACCGCAUGGCUAUCGACGACCGAAAGGUCCAGUACUUGUACAAACGCAGAGACUACGAGAAGUUGGCAAUCCACGAUACCUUGGGCCAGGAGAUCCGCAACCACCACGUUUUACCAAACUUCAAGGAAGGCACAAUCGCCUUUGCUCCCACCUACAAGCUCAAGGUACGUAGCGACGAGCUGGACCCAAUCAUCAUGGAGGACGCUGACACUCCAGAGAGCUUGGAAGAUGAGGGAUUGCAGUACAAUCCUUCCAGGGUGGCGGCCUACACCGAUAGAAUUUUCUAUCUUCCCACUCCAGCCGUAGCCACAGAGCUCAUUCAGGACCGCUACGGCUCCAUUGAAUCCAUGGCGCAUAUGAGCGACCAUAUCCCGGUGUUUUCCGACUUUACGCUCCGCGGUGCGAGCCUUAUCGACUUUGAGGCGCGGUCCGAGUUGAUGAAGGGCUAUUUCAAAAAGCUUGACGAUGUGGAAAAUGAUAACCGUCCUAGUGGUAUCACCGUGGAGCCGGUUGACAUCACCCUUGAGGGCGUUCGGUGCGGGGUCCCCGUCACCACUGAGGUUACACUCGCCAACAACGGUGCUCAGGCGAUUGAGUACGGAGUGGUCUACGGAAACGAAGAGGGCGAAAAGGAUUCCAUUCUCGUCCAAAACUGGCAGCUAAACGAGGCUUACCACUAUGUUUCGUCAGAUAAUAUCAAGGUAAAGAUCGAGCCCGCAGGAGGGACGGUGGCGGCGGGGGUCACACAGACCAUCACUAUCACCACCCAAAUGCCCAUCGGAUACUCGGGAACUGCUAGCAACAUGUACAUCUUGCGGGUGUUCAACGCCCAAGACUGGUUUGUCACAACCCACAUGGCGUUGCAGCUGUCUUACUUUGGCCGCCUGUUGAAAAAUAUGGCAGGGAGCAGUGGCGCCAUUCCUCAGGCGGUUUACACCCUAGUGGACUACCUCACCCGCCAUCCGCACGAGGAUAUGUUCAGCACCCGUGUGUCCUACACCACCCUGUUGGAAGCGCUCAUCAGGGCCACCAUCGAUGACGACAAGUUGUUGGAGACAGAGCCGGCCAUUUUCAAGGAAAUCCAGCUAGCUAACGAAAAGGCGAGUGGCGACGGGAUCAGAGCCGUUGCAAAAACUCUCGUGUUGUUGUUACGCAGCAUGAAGGACGAGGGUGAGACGGGAGGGAGCAUCUUGACCAGUACUGAAACUGAGACUCUCCUCGACCAGAUGCCUGCGGACUUGGUGGCAUACCUCCAAAGACAACAGAAGGACACAGAGAUGCAAACGGUGCAGACCUACGGCCCGGAUCUUAUGAGCUACCUACUUGAGUCACUUCCGCCGUGGAAGGCCAAUGUGUUUAUCUACCUCUGCUCCUUCUUGCGCUUGCUUGUGCAGAAUGGGCACGAUAGUGGCGAGCUCAUCCAAAUCUUUUCUGACUUGUUAAUGAAAUUACCUCGCCAGAAAAAGCGUGAUCUCGGGGUGUCUUACCGCCGGUGGAAGUUCAGACGGGACUUGGUCCUCUGGGGCACCGUCGUCGCCUAAGAAGUGUAUGAAGAUUAUGUGUGUUAAUAGAUAGGUAAAACUUUAGUGUGGGCAUUUAAAAGGUGAGGGUGUGGCGUAUAGAGUCAAGUAUUAACUCUGUUGAUGCCCCCUUCCGUUGACCCCUGG